GUUCCUUUAAAGUUAGGGUUGGUGCAUUUGGUGUAAGGGUUAGCUAGUUUUAGUGUUGGGUAAUAGUAAGGUUACCUAGAGACUUUGGGGGGGAGGUAAUGCACAUGGAGGGGUUUGGGUGAGAGGAAUGAGACACAUGGAGGGGAGGGAAAGACACACAUGGAGGAACUCGAUGGGGGGAGAGAAUGACCGAUCUGCCGCUGUUCAGCCCCAUAUGCAGCAAACUGCGAUGCACUGUGUGUUCUGACACAUUUCUAGCAUACCCAGCAUUAAGUAUUUCAGCAAUUUGAGGUACCAUGUGUCUUCUGUGUUAUUAGACUAGACAGGCUAGCCUUCGCUCAUCAUGCAUCAAGGAGCCCACAAAGUUAUUAAAGAUAAGGGAAGGGUUAGAAGGUUUAUUUACUGGAAUUAGUUUGGUUAGCCCCCAAAUUUUUUUAUCAUGAACAAACUUCUUCCUCUUUGGAGAACUCCAGUAAUAGCCUUGAGGAUGAGCCCAUGUAGUGGGGGAUGACAAUCGUAAGCACAGAAGCAGUAUAGGAGAUAGAAGGGUCUCUACGCCUAUUGCAGGAAGGGCAAUAGUCGUGCCACUUGUCUUAUGAAGCCAAGAAAUGCCUGCACCUAAGACUUUCCGUAGGAUGGGCAUUGUUCCUAGACUUCUUCCCAUCCUCAUCCAUAUAGGAGGAGUCACUCAGGUUUGUUCCAAAAGGUUGACCACAGAAUCAGAUCCUCCAAAAGGUUGACUACAGAAUCAGAUCCACAGAAACUGCAUCGUCCUUCCAAGUAAGAUGGAGAGUCUCACUAGCCACUCAGAAAAUGAUAAUAGCUGUUGUCUCCCUGAUACAUUUGGCCUUUUUGUAUCAUAUGUCAGGUAAACCCAAUGGAUUACACUUUGGAUUUGCCUUGGAAUCUUUGCAUCCAUAUUACCUUCCAUGUUUCUCUGCUAAAGCCUUUGACCUGCAAAUAUUUUUCUAAUGCUACUUCUGUUCUCUCGCCAGUACUUGUAAACUACCACAAGGAAUUCAGCAGAGUGCCUAUUGGUUCUCUAGACGCACAAUUUUCAUCAGGAUGUGUUCACAUUAUUCUGGCCUCAAUCUAUCCUAAAAUUAUACAAGUUGUCAUCCUAUUAGAUGCACUCCAGCUGUGCACAAAUGAUGCAAGUGUGAUGUAGGGAUCCAAGUCCUUUUAAAAAACGUUUUAUCUUUAGUAUCAGUGCCCAUUCAUGGUCUCACAGCCCUUAAUUGUGGUAUUCUAUGCCACUUUUGUGUCAGGCCAGCCUACAUCCCUGAUUUUGAGAUUAACCAGUUCUGUAUUUGUGUGUAACAGACCUGACUUUGUCCCUGACUGUCUAUUUUUCUUAGUCCUGACCGUUGUUUAUCAGACCUGUCUUUCCUGAUUUUGCUUAAUCUAAUCCCAACCUUUACUUAGUUUGUAAUUAGCCACUGUGCCUUUGGUAGGUUGUUGCCUUAGAUGGGGAUGGGGAGAGAGAAUGGGCUAUUGCUAGUGGAAAUGGCAGAGGGCGUUGACUUUGAGCUGGUGGGCUUGGGUCAUGUAGAGUGGGUUUGGGAUGGAAACACACCCCUUCAUUCAUACAUUGACCUUCCACACAAUAACAAUAAUAACUUGAAUAAAGUUGAGGUAGCAGGUAACAUUUGGGCCUGUAGGCAACUUUUCAGAACUUUGAACCCUGGAAAAAAGUAAUAUGCUCUGUGACUGUAAGGUGUAAUUUUAAAAUGUUAUGUGUUUUGUAUUCCUCAGAACCAUCCACCUGGAGUCUACACUAUGACUCCUGCAACCUAAAUUGGCAAUCACCUAUCAACAUUGUCACAAACAAUGUUGUCACUGAUGCUAACUUACGUCCCAUCCAAAUCACUGGAGUUUUUGGAUCUUCUGAGGCUGUUGUAUCUAAUAAUGGACACACAGGUGGGUUUAAUUUUAAUAACACCUCAUCCACCAGUAAUUUCAUUUAUCAACCAAGAAUGCAAAAAUAGUACACCAUGUCGUUUUAAUGGUCAUUUAUUUAUUUGCUUUAAUUCUCUAGUUGAAGUUACUCUGAGCUCUGAUUAUAUUCUCACUGGCGCAAGUCUCGCUGAUCCACACAAGCUGGCAGGGUUUCACAUCCAUUUUGGCAGCACACAGAAUAACAUUGGUUCUGAGCAUUACAUCAACAACCAAGGAUACCCACUGGAGGUCAGUUAAUAGAGUAUGAGAACCUCUCAUCUAAAUGAGAUGAUGAACAGUGUAGACCAAGCAUGUCAAACAUGCGGACCGUGGAAACCUUUGCAGCCCAGGGCUGGACUUGUCGGGCCGCCUGCCCUGGGUCUGCUUUGUGCUGUGGCUUUUCCAUGGGCCACGGCCCUUUGCGUGCUUGAGUCAUAUUUGGCAGCUGUGCAGCGGCGUUACAGUGCACAGAGUGGAUGGCUGCGUGCAGAGCAGGCCAGCCACUCUCCCUUCCCUGCUGCUCACAGUGCCAGAGGAGCAUAUGGCCUGUUUGAGCAAAGAAAAUCGUGCAGGGCUGGACUGGAAGACUGCUUAAGGUAGGGGAAGAGGGGCUUAAGGGGAACAUUCCUGUAGUGUAUUAAAUUGGCAGAAGGAGGGCAGUGUAUUAGAGUGUUGGGGGUAGUGUAUUAAAUUGGGGGGAAGUAGGGGCAGUGUAUUAGAGUGAGGGGGGGCAGUGUUUAAAAUUGGGGGAAGGGAAGUAGGGCAGUGUAUUAAAUUCGAGGGAGGGAGGUUGGGCAGUGUACUUGAGUUGGGGGGCAGUAUAUUAAAUUGGGGGGAAGGAGAAAGGGGCAGUGUAUUAGAAUGGUUGGAGGGGGCAGUGUACUAGAGUGAGGGGAAGGGACGAGCAGGGCCAGUGCAAGGAUUUUUGCCGCCCUAGGCAAAAGAAAGAUUUGCCGCCCCCACCCCCAUGUGACAUCACAAUGCUCCACCCAUAUGAUCUGCCAUAUGAACUAACGCCAGUGCUGCACACAGUGUGUGUUUACAUUAAAAAGCCAUCAGGGACAGGCUAUAUACACCGGAACCACUUCAUUAAGCUGCAGUAGUUUUGGGCACUAUAGUGUGAGUUAAUGUGAGGUAAAUUAGAGAUUAGUGUCACUAAUAAUAUACUAGAUUGCCUACUUACAACCAGAUGAGGAUGGUGAUGGGCUCUGGCUGCAGUUUGGCUCCACUGGUCUGGUGUAGAACAGGAUCUCUGGAGGCUGUUUGUAAUUGUGAUCACAAAAUUCAAUGUUCUGGGAGAACGGGAAGCAGCUCAAUUUUUUGGGGCCCCUUGCACAGCUCAAGGUCUGGGCCCCAGGGCCUGAUGGUGAGUAUGCCCAUAAGGCCCACCCAUAAAUCCAUCUAUAUGUUCGCACACAGGGAGUGGAUGUGUUAUGUAUUAUUGUAGAGGAUCUAAUGUGUGUGCUAAUGGAAUGUAGUGUUUAGGGAUACCAGUUUGUGUAGGUGAUGCAGUGUUUGUGUGUAGUGGAAGCAGUGUGUGUUUGUAUAUAAGGGAUGUAUUGUGUGUUUCUGGUUGUGUGCAAGGCAUGGAUGCAUUGUGUGUUACUCUGUGUGUAAGGGAAGCAUGUUGUGUUUCUGUGUGUGUAGGGAUGCAUUGUGUUUUCUGUGUAUGUAUAGGGAUGCAUUGUGUGUGUGUGCGUAGUGUGAAAGAGCUCCCUGUCCUAUAGAACUCUCCCUUCUGUCCCUUAGAGCUAUCCCCUGCCCCUUAGUGGUCUCUCCUCUCCCCUAGCGGUCUCUUCUCACACCCACCCACCCUCCCUGUGUUCUUCUCACCCCCCAACCACCCUCCCUGUGUGCUCCUCACCUCCCCCUCCCUGUGUUCUCCUCACCUCCCCUUCUCCUCAUCCCCUCUUCCGUGUUCUUCUCACCUCCCGCCUCCCUGUGUCUUCCUCAUCUCCCCCUCCCUGUGUUCUCCUCAUCUCCCCCUCCUGUGUUCUCCUCAUCUCCCCCCCUCCUGUGUUCUCCCCUCCCCUCCCUCCCUGUGUUCUCCUCCUCCCCCCCUCCUGUGCUCUCCUCACCCCCCUCUCCCCGUGUUCUUUUCCUCCUUCCUCCCCUCCCCUCUUCUUCUUCUCCCCCUCUUCUUCUUAUUCCCAGUUCUUACUCCCCCUGUGUUCUUCCCACCUCCCCCCCUCCUGUGCUCUUCUCAUCUCCCCUCCUGUGUUCUCCUCAUCUCCCCUUCUUCUCACCCCCCGUGUUCUUCUUCUAUCUGUCAGUCAUUGUGUGUGUCAGUAAGUGUGUAUGUCAGUGGGUGAUAUCAGUGAAAAUGUGUCUGUCAGUGAGUGUGUGGUCAGUGUCCUCUGUGUGUAAGUGUGUGUCAGUGUGUAAAUAUGUAUGUAUUAUAUUUUCAUUUUGUGACUUAUAUACUUCAGAUUAACAGCUCAUAUACUCUUCCUUACUUCUUCUUACUCCCCCCUGUGUUCUUCCCACCUCCCCCCUCCUGUGCUUUCUUCUCAUCUUCCCCUCAUCUCCCCUUCUUCUCACCCCCGUGUUCUUCUUACUCCCUCCCUGUUUUCUUCUUACUCCCAUCCCCCCUUCUUCUUACUCCCCCUCCCCUCUUCUUCUUACUCCCCCAGUUCUUCUUACUCCCCCCCUUCCUGUGUUCUCCUCACGUGAAGCCUUUAAAAAAAUUAGAGAUGUGUACCCAGGAUUACAUAUUGUUUGCAUGAUAAUGAUACAAGUAGUUUUAGUUUGUGUUGGUCUAGGAGGUCAAACUUUUUUUUUUUGCAGCCACAUAAACUUAAACCUUGUUUAUUUGGCCAGUGUGAGCCUUGAGUUUGACAUGCUCGGUGUAGACAGUCUUUGCAUUUCAUAACAACACACUUGGAAUGAUGGUAAAUGUACUGGCAAUAAUAGUGUCACAAUUUUUAAUUAAUAAAUAGUGGUUUGUACCCUUGUUUCUCAACCUAUAGUAUGCAUACCCUAGGGGGUACACAUACCAAAAGCAGGGCGUAUGGCAUGAGCUGUCUAUCUGGCCACUAUAGGGCCGAAGGAGGCGGGCAGCUGUGCACUAACGCAAGGAUGGAUGGCAGGUGUCUACUCUGCCUAAAUACAGUAAUACAAUAAUUUGUGUGUAUGAGAGAAUGUGUAUGUGUCUGUCAGUGAGUGGAUGUCUGCCAGUUAAUGUGUGUGUGUCUGUCAAUGUGUGUCAAAUCAGUGAGUGUGUUUGUCAGUGUGUGUAUCUGUCAGUCAUUGUGUGUGUCAGUAAGUGUGUAUGUCAGUGGGUGAUAUCAGUGAAAAUGUGUCUGUCAGUGAGUGUGUGGUCAGUGUCCUCUGUGUGUAAGUGUGUGUCAGUGUGUAAAUAUGUAUGUAUUAUAUUUUCAUUUUGUGACUUAUAUACUUCAGAUUAACAGCUCAUAUACUCUUCCUUACCAGAGGUGGCUCUUUAAUUAGGUGGUUUAGGCUGCCGCCUAAGGCUUCGCGAUGGCUGGGGGUCGCGGUCACCUAAACCGCCUUAGGGCAGACUGUGUCAGGUCUUUGGUCAGUGACAAAGAACCUGACACCAGGAGGGGGCAUGGCGGCUUGCUCAGUAUGCCGCUGGGUGCGAGGCCCCUCCUGUCAGCCCGACCAACAAUCGCAGACACCGGUCUGCAGCUCCCCAGUGUGCAGAGCUACAGACCAUGUGUCUCGCCAGAAAUUGCAAAUCAAAGCGUUGCCACAGAUUACCACGGCAACGCUCUGACGGGUCUCGCGAGAUGCAUGGUCUGGAGCUCUGCGGAGCUGCAGACCGGAUAUCAUGGCCACCGGACAACCAGGUAGCCCACACUGGACCACCAGGGAAUAAAAAAAAAAGGUAUUUAUUCCCCACCCUCUCCCCAUUUCCCCCCUCCCUCACACAUCACCCCCUCCCUCUCACAUCACUCCUCCCUCUCACAUCACCCUCCUCCCUCUCACCAUCACCCUCCUCCCUCUCACAUUACCCCCCCAACACCAUCACCCCUUCUCCCUCUUAUUAUUAGUUAUAGUCCUUGGUGGUCAGAUGGGGAAAUGUUAGACUCAUAUCCUGGUAGUGUUCGAGGAGCAGGCUAAUUUUAUAUGUAAUUGUUUUUCAGAUUCACUAUGUAUUUUAUAACACAAAAUAUCAAGAUCUCACAACAGCCAAAACCCAAUCAGAUGGUCUGGCAGUAGUUGGUGCACUUUUCCAGGUAAGAUAUGAAAUAUUUUGGCUCUAGAACAAUCAGAUAUCAAUGA